AUGGCCUCGUGCCGCCUUCUGUCCGGCAAAGCGAGGAGGCACGCCUUGAUCGGCUGGUGGGCCAAGGGGUCCAGGGGAUUAAAAGCCACCUGGUGCGUUCCCACCUGCUGGCCGGCCAUCGUGGCGGGACGCAAAUCCUCCGGGAAGAGCCAUCGGCGAGGGGAGGAGGCCUCGACCCUCAAUUCCAGCAGGUACCCGAUCAUGCCCCCCCACCGGCCCGCACAGGACGCUGGAGCUGCGUCCACAGGGUGCGCCACGUGCGCUCGAGCAACUGCUCGCGAGCGCGCAGAGGACUUUGCCGAGGGCCGCCCAGUGCUGGCCAAUGAUGGAGGUGCGCGGGUCCUUUGUUGA